AUGGGUGACCAGAUUCCACGGGAGAGGAGACCCGGAGGAGACCUGGAGAGAGUUCAGAAGCUGUCCCAGAGAAGAUUUGGAGAGAACUCAGAGACUGUCCCGGAGGAGAGGUGGAGAGCUCAGAGGCUCUCCCGGAGGAGACGUGGAGAGAGCUCAGAGGCUGCCCCAGAGAAGCCGUGGAGAGAACUCAGAGGCUGUCCCGGAGGAGAUGUGGAGAGAGCUCAGAGGCUGUCCCGGAGGAGAUGUGGAGAGAGCUCAGAGGCUGUCCCGGAGGAGACGUGGAGAGAGUUCAGAGGCUGUCGUUACUGCUGCACUUGGCUGUUUUUCUUUGGAUAA